UCAACCGUGAAGAUGACUUUGCCGACGAUUGCAAUUCUGUAUCCCACUUUAUUGGCGUCCCUCGCAUCACAUUCAAAUUACACGCUCUUCGCCGAUGAGCAUGGGAUGUUACACAUAAUCGACACCAGCGAACCUGCAGUACUUACACAAGCAGAAUAUGAGGAGAUCAGCUAUGCCACUUUCCAAACCCAAUUUCUGUUAUACACUCGAAAUAAUCGGAAAGUCGGAGAGCCACUGAUCAUUAAUGAUAAUGACAGUGUGGAGAAGAGUUCUUGGAAUCCUACUCAUCCUACUCGUAUUAUCACUCAUGGAUGGCGAGGAGACAUAGAAGCUAAAUCUGCUUGCGCCCUGAUUCGGGACGCUUAUCUUAGCAUUGGCGAUUAUAACGUCAUCCUGAUCGACUGGAGCAAGGCAGCCGGAUAUCUAUGGUACUGGAAAGUCGCGAGGAGUGUGCCAUUAGUGGCGGAACGCGUGACACAAUUGAUAGAUUUUCUACAGAGCCAAGCUGGUUUGGAUCCUUCCAAGACCAAAGUGAUAGGGCAUUCUCUGGGAGGACAUGUCGUCGGUCUCGCCGCUCGUAAUGCAAAUGGCGAUAUCGCUGAGGUGGUAGCUUUAGAUCCUGCAAAACCCUUGUUCGAUUCGAAAGGACCGGCAGAAAGAGUAGAUCGAUCAGAUGCAGCUCGGGUGCAAGUGAUUCACACGAGUAUUCUGGGUUUAGAAGAACCGAUUGGUGAUGCCGACUUUUAUCCAAACGGUGGCAAAAGCCAGCCGGGAUGCGGUACAAUUGCACUCACAUGUGCGCAUGCGAGGUCUUACGAGUACUACGCUGAGUCCAUCCUGAAUCCCACGGGCUUUCGCGCCGGGAAGGUGUUCAUGGGUGGACCAUCCCUCGAUCCAAACGCAUGUGGAGAGUAUAUUUUGGAGACUGCCGAAAAAUCACCGUUCGGACUCGGAUAACAGACACUGUUACAAUAG